AAUGUUCGGCUCUGUGUGUGUUUGUGUACAGAGGUAAAGGACUACGAGCCCCCAUUCGGUAAGGUGAGGGAGCACCCGUGUGUGGAGAGUAUGAAGGACAGCGUACUCAGAGACAGGGGACGACCAGAGAUCCCCAGCAGCUGGAUCAACCACCCAGGCAUCCAGGUGGUGUGUGGCACGAUAGACGAGUGCUGGGACCACGACCCCGAGGCCAGGCUGACUGCACAGUGUGUGGCCGAACGCUUCAAUGACAUGGAGCACCCAGACAAGCUGUCUGAACGCAGCAACUCAGAGGAGAAGAUCCCCCAGGACAUCUCUGUGACGGAGUUUGAAGAGAUUGAGAAGAAGGAAGUAUGCCUCAGAAACUACAAUGCCCCUGCCGAGGAGGCUGAGAACUACAAUCAACCAAGCAGCUGAGAGAGAUUUAAGUGGAGAGUCUCUUUGUAUAUGCUCCGUUUAUUUGUCCUGCUUGUGACUCCAAGGAACAAACAGAUUGGCUGUUGUGUGUCAUGGAUGUAAAAGGGAACAAAACUGAACAAUCCAAUCAGCAAGGAAUUUAUCUUUUUUUAUUUUUUAUAUUUACAGCAUUUUCUCCAAAGACGGAUUAAAGCCAUGACUGGACUGGUGAAAAUAUAAAGCCCUCUUAACUAAAUACUGUUCGCACUUUAUCAAUAGCUAUGCAUACCAAAUGAUGUACAGUACCAGUCAAAAGUUGACACACCUACUCAUUCCAGGAUUUUCCUUUAUUUGUACUAUUUUCUACAUUGUAGAAUAAUAGUGAAGACAUC